AUGGUUACGUUAGUUUUGCCAAAUCUGUUUGAAAAAAUUGGUUUUGAUAGAAUUAUAGACUGUGUUAAUGGUAUCAUAUGUCACUAUAAAAAAGCUGGUCUUAAUGUAAAAAUAGGACUUUGGGACCCAAAAACCGACGAGCAUAAAAUUAUUCCUCCAAGUAUUAUUACUAAUGAUCCCGACUUUGAUGCAGAGGUAGAAAUUCAUGGGUUUGGUUAUGAUAAUGUGAAUGAUGACUAUAAAGUGAUUCAACAUAUAUGUUAUUGUCAUAAUGAAUUUUACCAAUAUGAGCCUGCUCUAGCAAAUUGGCAAAUUUAUAGUCUAAAAAGUAAUUGUUGGAAGAAACUUAAUCUUGAAAUGACUGAAAAAGGAGGUUUUGGUGAAGGUUAUGUAACGUACUUAAAUGGAGUAUGCCACUGGCGGGGUGGAGAUAAGAAUGGAAAAGAGGUACUUGUGUCAUUUAAUCUCAGCACUGAAACGUUUCGAACCACAUUGAUUGGUUGGCAACAAAGUGAUGAUAUUGAUUGCCUUACCAGAACUUUGGUAGUGCUCAACGACUCUGUUGCUCUGAUCUCCUCUUUUGAUGAGAAUAGUCAUAUUGAAAUAUCCAUUUUAGGUGAAGUUGGUGUAAAAGAAUCUUGGGUGAAGCUUUUCACAGUUGGACCCUUUCCAUAUAUUUGGCAUCCAAUAGUAAUGGGCAACAAAUGUGAUAUAAUAUUUUUUAUGGGAAAUGAAAACCAUGAAUUGGCUUCCUUUGAUGUUAUUAGUGGCAAACUGCAGCUGAAACCUUUCCUUGUUCCUAAUUCAGCAGCAGCCGCUGGCCCCUUUCUUUCCCCCAAAAACUGCAGCAAACACACACCAAAACCCUUCAAUGGAAACAGAACAGAGAGAGAGAAGGCUGAGUCGCGGCGGGGGAGAGGAGAAGUGAGCUCGCCGUCGCGCCACCACGCCACCACCUCACGCCUUGCCACUGGGCCUCACGCCUCGCCGCCGUCAUCUUCGCGAGAAUGA